UUGGAUUGUUGGACGCCGGGUUCAGCUGACAUAAAUGACAGCAGUCGUAUAUUUGUGCUGGCGCAGCGGUCAUUUCUUGCUGCAGCAGUAGCGAUUCCCGCACUUCCUGCCGCUCUUGAUGCAGUAGUGGUGAUAACGGAAGUGACGGUUGCUCGUGGUGUUCGGCAUUUGAAAGAGCUGGACUAA